UCAUCCAAUCUCAUCAAUAAUCCAACAAUGACGAGAUCAGCAGUGGAACUUGAUUUCUUUAGCAUGGAGAAAGAGUCUACUCAUCAUGCUAAACUUGAAAGUGGAAUAGCCUUUGGAGAUAUUCAAAGUGUGAUUCCAAAGACUGAUCCUGACGUUUUGAACCCUCAAUUGCCCGUUUUUAGUCCUAUUUCGAGGCUUUGUUGUAGCACGAAAAAUGGCACAGAAAAUGCACCUAUGACCAUUUUCUACGACGCAACGGUUGCGUUUUUCGAUGUCUCCGGUGACGAGGUUUUUUGUCAAUCAAAUGCCUCUCUGGCAUUGUUUCCUUUUACUUUUGAAUUGGCGUUUAGCCAUAGAAACCAAAUAUUUUUCACUUUAGUUGGAAUUUCUGAAGUUGGAGUUGAAGAUUGA